AUGACGACUGCAGAGCCCCGGGUGACCGCUAUCAAGGCAGGCCAUCGCGACUUCAUUGAGCAUCUCUUCGUGAAAGAAAUCCAGUGCGUGCGAAUCAAGCACAUCGACACACUUCCCCGCUGCAACAACAACUACAUCCACAUCAUAACCUUCGAGCUGCCUCUUCUCCAUGAUGUAGCAAUUUCCACCCGUCCAGGCACCAGUGCCAUUCCGUACGGAACGACCCAGGCUGUGUUCAGGAUCGGCAAUAUCGAGGGCAUGUUCAAUCACGCCGUCAAGAUCGAGAACACGGUCGCAACGAUGCUGCUUAUGCGCCAAGCGCUUGCUGAUAGAUAUGCCUCUAUCGUCCCGAGGGUAUACGCUUGGAGCAAGACAGACGGACCGUCAGGAAAUGGCUGGAUCAUGGAAGAAUUUAUGCCUGGCGCCAACAUUGAACCAGAAUUCCAUAGUACUCUGCCUCCUGACAUUCAACGCCUAGUACUGCGUCAGGUAGCUGAGGUGCUAAAGUCAGUGCAGGAUUUUGAGCUACCAGCUGGCACUGCUGGCUUUGGUGGCCUUGCAUUUGACAAAGCCAAUGACGACAGUAUCAUCAGUGGACCGUUUGUGAUUGAGCCGUAUACUAAUCCCUACUCGGACAUCAGAAGCUUCUAUCGCGGGAUGUUGCAAGCACAGCUAGAAGAAGCAGACAGAACGGUUGCAAAUGGAUGGCGGGAGCAUGGUCUUCGAGAGCGUCUCGAUGCAUUCGCGCAAACAGGUCUGGAAACGCUUCUCUCGGAGACCCUGGCCGAGAACCCAAUGCCGAAUUUGAUCAUUGGCGACAUGGUGAUAGCAAACUUCUUGUUUGAUCCCGACACCUAUCGGGUGCUUGGUCUAGUCGACUACGACUGCAGCCACACCGGUCACCCUCUUCACGAAUUUUUCUUUUCUUCCUUCUCCCUAUCCUACUACGCCCUCACAUCUGAUCCCGAGAUCGCUUCGGCGCUGUUCCACGGCUUUCCCUCGCCGCUUCCACCUUCAACUCGCGUAGCUAAAGCAGAAUAUCGCGAUGACGAUGCACCGCAGUGGCCGGUGAUGAAGAUGUUCGAGGAAGAGCUAGAACGUGCAGGAGUGAUACGGCCAAGCAGUGUCGUAGGUGGGGAGAAGAUUGCGAAGCUGUAUGGCUUCAUUUCAGAAGUUUGUCCUUCGCAUUUUGGCAUGGCAAGAUGGGUUGGCAUGGUGACUGCGAAGAAGGGAGAAGAAGGCCUCCGUAAAGUGAUAGAGGAGCAUGCAGCAACGCUUGGUGAAUCGCUAGCUGGGUGGGAAUACUAA